UCUGACCCGAGGAAGGAUGGCCAGCACCUUCUCGAAGUUGCUCACUGGCCGCAAUGCUUCUCUGCUGUUUGCCACCCUGGGCACCAGCGCCCUGACCACUGGCUACCUGGUGAACCGGCAGAAGGUGUGUGCCGAGGCCCGGGAUCAGCACAAGCUGUUCCCCCCAAGUGCGGACUACCCGGACCUGCGCAAGCACAACAACUGCAUGGCCGAGUGCCUCACCCCCUCCAUCUACGCCAAGCUCCGUAACAAGGUGACGCCCAACGGCUACACCCUGGACCAGUGCAUCCAGACCGGAGUGGACAACCCCGGCCACCCCUUCAUCAAGACCGUGGGCAUGGUGGCAGGCGACGAAGAGUCCUACGAGGUGUUCGCUGACCUGUUUGACCCCGUCAUCAAACUGAGGCACAACGGCUACGACCCCCGGGUGAUGAAGCACCCCACCGACCUGGACGCGUCCAAGAUCACCCAGGGCCAGUUCGACGAGCGCUACGUGCUGUCGUCACGCGUGCGCACCGGCCGCAGCAUCCGCGGCCUGAGCCUGCCGCCCGCCUGCAGCCGCGCCGAGCGCAGGGAGGUGGAGAACGUGGCCAUCACCGCCCUGGAGGGCCUCAAGGGGGACCUGGCCGGCCGCUACUACAGGCUGUCCGAGAUGACGGAGCAGGACCAGCAGCGGCUCAUAGACGACCACUUUCUGUUUGACAAGCCAGUGUCCCCUUUGCUCACGUGCGCUGGGAUGGCCCGCGACUGGCCCGAUGCCCGGGGAAUCUGGCACAACUACGACAAGACGUUCCUCAUCUGGAUCAACGAGGAGGACCACACCCGGGUCAUCUCCAUGGAGAAGGGAGGCAACAUGAAGCGGGUCUUUGAGCGCUUCUGUCGUGGGCUCAAGGAAGUGGAGCGGCUGAUCCAGGAACGGGGCUGGGAGUUCAUGUGGAACGAGCGCCUGGGCUACAUUCUGACCUGCCCUUCGAACCUUGGCACGGGGUUACGGGCGGGAGUGCACGUGAGGAUCCCCAAACUCAGCAAGGACCCACGCUUCUCCAAGAUCCUGGAGAACCUGAGGCUGCAGAAGCGCGGCACGGGCGGUGUGGACACCGCGGCGGUGGCAGACGUGUAUGACAUUUCCAACAUCGACCGGAUCGGCAGGUCGGAGGUGGAGCUUGUCCAGAUCGUCAUCGACGGCGUCAACUACCUGGUGGACUGUGAGAAGAAGCUGGAGAGAGGCCAAGACAUCAAGGUGCCGCCGCCUCUGCCUCAGUUUGGCAAGAAGUGACCGUCCCUCCUCCCAGUUUAUAAAUAAUCUGUCUGCUGGUACGACAGACACGAAGAAAUCCCUACUCUGAGAGUUUUUGUAGACGUGGAAAAAUGUACAAUUGUAGGUCCUGCCUAUCUUUACAAUAAAACUCUCCUUAA